UGCGUCACGUCCGGGACACAGGAAGCUCUGCGGAGCCGGGGGAGGGGAACUUGGCCCGGGAGUUAGAACUGAGUCCCCGCGGCAAAAGCGGGAGCGGAGUGGAACUUGCUUACUACGCGGGUAUGGAAAGUGCGGCUUCACUUCGCGCACCUUAGACCUUAACCAGACCCCGAGCAAGGCCGCGGCCGGCCUAGGUGGCCUGCACCCGGCCCUCGGCGCUGCUAGGGAAAAGCGGGCGUGGUUUGCUGCGUCUGAGGCGGCGGCGGGAACAGCUCAGCCUCUUGGACCUCUGUCCCUGCCGCCCCAGUGGCGGACGAAAAGCUCCCUUGGAGUUUUGAUUCACUGAGUGACCUUGAGCUCAGAGCGACGCGUAGUUUGUAGUUUCGGCUGCACUCGGCUGUUCAGACACGGGUAUUUCCCAGGUCAUCUCUUGGAGAGAAGACAGGAGAGUGUCCAGUGUCAGUUCUGUAGUCCCAUCCCAGUGAUCAUUUUGAGGUUGGGAACCAUCUUUAGUUCUUUACUACUUUUGGCAUAAGUACCUGCAAAAUAAAGGAACUUUGUGAGAAUUUCAUUAUAUGGAGACACUGUUUGUGUUCCAGCUGGUGUAUAUCCAAAGGUCCAGUGUAAUUCCAGGACCGGAAUAUUGCAUGUCAGUCAGUCAGCCAGCCAUACACGUAAUGACUUCUAAACUCAUGGACUUCUAAAAAAGCACCAUGACUCUCAUGAUUCCUGGGUUGCUGAGAGGCUCUGUUGGUGCCAUCUGCUUGCAGGCUGCUUCCUGGAGAUUGACACACAGAACUUUGCGCCACCUGACUCUAAGCAGCCUAAUGAAAUCCAAAAGGAAAACUGAUCACUUGGAGAGAACUGCAGAUGUCCUUCGCCGGGAGGUGGUGUCAGUGGCUAAGGUGUGUGGAGUGGCCCAUGAGUCCCCAUCUGUGAAGAGGCUCCGCUUGCUUGUUGCUGAUAAAGAUUUUUCUUUUAAAGCCGGCCAAUGGGUUGAUUUCUUUAUCCCGGGAGUCUCUGUGGUUGGUGGAUUCUCAAUAUGCUCCAGCCCCAGACUGCUAGAACAGGAGAGAAUCAUAGAACUGGCAGUGAAAUAUACAAACCACCCUCCUGCUCUCUGGAUUCACAAUCAGUGUACACUGGACUCUGAAGUGGCCGUGAGAGUGGGUGGAGAGUUCUUCUUUGACCCUCAGCCUGCAGAUGCUUCUAGAAACCUUGUGUUGAUCGCGGGAGGAGUUGGAAUUAACCCUCUGCUUUCCAUCCUGCGGCAUGUGGCAGACCUCCACAGAGAAUGGGCGAACAAGGGAAGUGGGUAUAAGGUCGGAACAAUCAAACUGUUCUACAGUGCAAAAAACACCAGCGAGCUCCUGUUCAAGAAAAAUAUCCUCGAUUUAGUAAAUGAAUUUCCUGAGAAGAUUGCCUGCAGUUUGCAUGUUACAAAGCAGACUACACAAAUCAGUGCAGACCUCAAGCCAUACAUCACGGAAGGAAGACUAACGGAGAAGGAGAUAAGAGAUCAUAUUUCGAAAGAGACCUUGUUCUACCUUUGUGGCCCACCUCCGAUGACAGACUUCUUCUCCAAGGAACUGGCGAGGAGCCACAUUCCCAGAGAGCACAUUUGCUUUGAGAAGUGGUGGUAGGGGGCAGGCAGAGGUGGAAAAGGGUGAAUCAGGAGGGCCUCUAGGAUAGUGACAGGCAGCAUGCUCUGUGAUUUGUGGCAGGAUGAAUUUACCUCUAUCCAGUCUUAUAUUUUAAGGCUGUGAACUCAGUGACCAGUUGGAGAAGACAAGAAAAGCAGCUGACAUACUUAAAGGCCUUUUGCCGAAAAGUUUAUUGAUGAAACUUUUUUUUACUACGUUGACUUUUAUGAAUGACUGAUUAACUCAUGUUGUACCUGGAAUUGACCAAUACAGGUUUCCUUUCCCCUUAAGGAAAAAAACAUGAAAAUAUGGUUUGUGUGUGAAAUGUAGGCUAUAUUUAAAUUAUUUUACAGCAGCUUCUCUAUCUCAUGUUGAAUAAACUUAAACAUAUUCUUGAUCA